AUGGGACUCCCCACCCAGGUUUUGGCCUGUGCAAUCUUAGCUUUGCUGCACCAGCAUGUCAGUGGGGGGCUCAUCAAGCGAAUUAUCCGGCAGAAGCGGGAGGCUGGGCUAAACGUGACCUUGCCAGAGGACAAUCAGCCUGUGGUUUUUAACCAUGUCUACAACAUUAAGUUGCCUGUUGGCUCCCUUUGCUCUGUGGACCUGGACUCAGCGAGCGGUGACGCAGACCUGAAGGCAGAAAUUGAGCCUUUCAAGAAUUAUGAGGAGCACACAGUGAAUGAGGGGAACCAGAUCGUCUUCACGCACCGAAUUAACAUUCCCCGCCGAGCCUGUGGCUGUGCAGCUGCCCCAGACAUUAAGGAUCUGCUGAGCAGACUGGAGGAGCUGGAGGGGCUGGUAUCCUCCCUACGGGAGCAGUGUGCCAGCGGGGCUGGAUGCUGUCCUAAUUCCCAGGCAGCGGAAGGUCGCCUGGACACAGCACCCUACUGCAGCGGGCACGGCAACUACAGCAUUGAGAUCUGCGGCUGCAUCUGCGAGCCUGGCUGGAAGGGCCCCAACUGCUCCCAGGCUGCCUGCCCGUCCGACUGCAACGACCAAGGCAAGUGCGUGGAGGGGGUGUGCCUGUGCUUCGAGGGCUACACGGGCACGGACUGCAGCCAAGAGCUCUGUGCCCAGGGCUGCAGCGUGCACGGGCGCUGCAUCAACGGCCGGUGCCUGUGCCACGAGGGCUUCACCGGCGAGGACUGCAGCGAGCCCCUCUGCCCCAGCAACUGCCAUGGCCGCGGGCGCUGCGUGGACAGCGAGUGUGUGUGCGACGAGGGCUACACCGGUGAGGACUGUGGGGAGCUCAUCUGCCCCAACGACUGCUUCGACCGCGGGCGCUGCCUCAACGGGACCUGCUUCUGUGAGGAGGGCUUCACCGGGGAGGACUGCGGGGAGCUGACCUGCCCCAAUGACUGCAACGGCAACGGGCGCUGCGAGAACGGCCUCUGCAUCUGCCACGAGGGCUUCCUGGGGGACGACUGCAGCGAGAAGAGGUGCCCCAACGACUGCCACAGCCGCGGGCGCUGCCUCAAUGGGCAGUGCGUGUGCCACGAGGGCUACCUGGGCGAGGACUGUGGGGAGCUGCGGUGCCCCAAUGACUGUCACGACCGUGGGCGCUGCCUCAACGGGCAGUGCGUGUGCCACGAGGGGUUCAUCGGGGAGGAUUGCGGGGAGCUGCGGUGCCCCAACGACUGCAGCAACCGCGGGCGCUGCCUCAACGGGCAGUGCGUGUGCCAUGAGGGGUACAAAGGGGACGACUGCGGGGAGCUGCGGUGCCCCAACGACUGCAACAACCGUGGGCUCUGUGUCAAUGGGCAGUGUGUGUGUGAUGAGGGCUACACAGGGGAGGACUGUGGGGAGCUGCGGUGCCCCGAAGAUUGCCACAACCGUGGGCGCUGUGUGGAGGGACGCUGUGAGUGUGACAAUGGCUUCACAGGCGAGGACUGCGGCGAGCUGUCCUGCCCCAACAACUGCCACCAGCGCGGGCGCUGCGUCAAUGGGCGCUGCGUGUGCCAGGACGGCUUCAUGGGGGAGGACUGCCGGGAUCGGUCCUGCCCCAACAACUGCAACAACGCAGGGCGCUGCGUCGAUGGGCGGUGUGUCUGUGAGGAAGGUUACAUGGGAGAAGACUGCUCCGAUGUGUCUCCUCCAACUGAGUUGACUGUGACAAAUGUAACAGAUAAAACUGUAAAUCUGGAAUGGAAGCAUGAGAACCUGGUCAAUGAGUACCUCAUCACCUAUGUCCCUACCAGCAGUGGUGGCUUGGAUAUGCAAUUCACCGUGCCAGGAAACCAAACAGCUGCCACUAUUCAUGAACUGGAGCCAGGUGUUGAAUACUUUAUCCGUGUCUUUGCAAUCCUUAAGAACAAGAAGAGUAUUCCAGUCAGUGCCAGAGUAGCAACAUAUCUGCCUGCUCCAGAAGGUCUGAAAUUCAAAUCUGUCAGAGAGACCUCUGUCCAGGUGGAGUGGGAUCCUCUAAACUUUUCUUUUGAUGGCUGGGAGCUGGUCUUCCGUAAUAUGAAAACAGAUGAUAAUGGAGAUAUAACCAGCAGCUUGAAAAGGCCAGAGACAUCUUACAUGCAGCCAGGUUUGGCACCAGGGCAACAAUAUAAUGUAUCCCUUCACAUAGUGAAAAACAAUACCAGAGGACCAGGACUAUCCAAAGUGAUAACCACAAAACUUGAUGCUCCUAGCCAGAUCGAGGCAAAAGAUGUCACAGACACCACAGCUCUUAUCACAUGGUCCAAACCCUUGGCUAAAAUUGAAGGCAUAGAGCUCACUUAUGGUCCCAAAGAUAUUCCAGGGGACAGGACAACCAUUGACCUCUCUGAAGAUGAAAACCAAUAUUCUAUUGGAAACCUGAGGCCACACACAGAGUAUGAAGUGACACUCAUCUCUCGUCGAGGAGACAUGGAAAGCGACCCCAUGAAAGAAGUCUUUACCACAGACUUGGAUGCUCCAAGAAACCUGAAGCGGGUGUCACAGACAGACAACAGCAUCACUCUGGAGUGGAAGAACAGCCAUGCAAAUAUUGAUAACUAUCGGAUCAAGUUUGCUCCCAUCUCUGGUGGAGACCAUGCCGAGAUCACGGUGCCAAAGGGCAGCCAAGCAACAACCAGAGCUACGCUCACAGGUUUGAGGCCUGGAACUGAAUAUGGCAUUGGAGUGACAGCAGUGAGAGAGGACAGAGAAAGCGUUCCUGCUACCAUUAAUGCUGGCACUGAUCUUGAUAACCCGAAGGACUUGGAAGUCAGCGACCCCACUGAGACCACGUUGUCCCUUCGCUGGAGAAGGCCGGUGGCCAAGUUUGACCGUUACCACCUCGCUUAUAUUAGCCCCAGUGGAAGGAAGAACGAAGUGGAGGUCCCUGUGGACAGCACCUCUUUUAUCCUGCGAGGACUGGAUGCAGGGACAGAAUACACCAUCAGUCUGGUGGCAGAGAAAGGCAGACACAAGAGCAAACCCACUACUGUCAAGGGUUCGACUGAGGAGGAACCCGAGCUUGGAAAUUUAUCAGUGUCACAGACUGGCUGGGAUGGCUUCCAGCUCACCUGGACAGCAGCCAACGGGGCCUAUGAGAACUUUAUCAUUCAGGUGCAGGACACUGAGCAUCCAGAAGAAACCUGGAACAUCACAGUGCCGGGCGGACUGCGCUCUGUGAAUGUCACUGGCCUCAAGGCCAACACACCUUAUAAUGUCACACUUCAUGGUGUGAUUCAAGGCUACAGGACCAUACCCCUUUCUGUUGAAACCAUGACAGGGGCGCACCCAGAAGUUGGCGAGCUAACCAUUUCCGACAUUACUCCUGAAAGCUUCAACCUUUCCUGGACCACCACCAGUGAGGACUUCGAUGUCUUUACUAUUGAAAUUAUUGAUUCUAACAGGUUGCUGGAGCCCAUGGAGUUCAACAUCUCAGGCAAUUCGAGAACUGCUCAUAUCUCAGGGCUUUCUCCCAGCACUGAUUUUAUUGUCUACCUCUAUGGGAUCUCUCAUGGUUUCCGCACACAGGCAAUAAGUGCUGCAGCUACAACAGUAGAAGAACCUCUCCUUAGCAAACUCAUUGUAUCAAAUGCUACCUCAGACAGCAUGUCACUCACCUGGGAAGCACAGGACAAUGCCUUUGACCAUUUUAUUCUAGAAGUCAGAAACUCUGACUUCCCUUUGGACUCCUUGGUACACACAGUGCCAGGAGCCUCCCGGCGCUAUGUAGUCACCAACCUCAAAGCUGCCACUAAUUACACUGUUCAACUCCAUGGUGUAAUUGAUGAGCAAGGUGGUCAGACCUUGACAGCACUGGCAACCACAGAGGCUGAGCCACAGCUGGGCACGCUCACCCUCACAAAUGUUACUCCUGACAGCUUCAACCUCUCCUGGACCACAAGAGAUGGGCCUUUUGCCAACUUUGUUAUACACAUUAGAGAUUCCUAUGCAGCACACGAGCCCCAGGAGCUUACGGUGUCGGGAGGUGCUCGCAGCGCUCACAUCUCAGGCCUGCUAGAUUACACUGCCUAUGACAUUAACAUUAAGGGGACCACCAGUGCAGGUGUUCACACAGAGCCCCUCACUGCUUUUGUCAUGACAGAGGCCAUGCCCCCACUGGAAAACCUAACUGUCUCUGAUAUUAACCCUUAUGGGUUCACGGUGUCGUGGAUGGCAUCAGAGAAUGCUUUUGACAACUUUCUAGUAGUCGUGGUGGAUUCUGGCAAGCUGCUGGACCCACAGGAGUUCCUCCUUACAGGAGCCCAGCGCCAACUGAAGCUUAAAGGCCUCAUUACUGGCAUUGGCUAUGAGGUUAUGCUUUAUGGUUAUACCAAGGGGCACCAAACAAAGCCCCUGAGCACUGUGGCUGUUACAGAGGCAGAACCCGAGGUCGACAACCUUCUGGUUUCAGAUGCUACUCCAGAUGGCUUCCGUCUGUCCUGGACUGCAGAUGAUGGGGUUUUCGACAGUUUUGUUCUAAAAAUCAGGGACACCAAAAGGAAAUCUGACCCACUGGAACUCAUAGUGCCAGGCCAUGAGCGCACCCAGGAUAUAACAGGGCUGAAGGAGGGUACAGAAUAUGAGAUUGAGCUCUAUGGAGUUAGCAGUGGACGGCGUUCCCAGCCCGUCAAUGCAGUAGCCACCACAGCUGUGGGAUCCCCCAAGGGAAUUUCUUUCUCUGACAUCACGGAAAAUGCAGCUACAGUCAGCUGGACCCCACCUCGCACCCGCGUGGAGAGCUACCGGAUCUCCUAUGUCCCUGUCACAGGAGGUACUCCAAAUGUUGUUACAGUUGAUGGAAGCAAGACAAGGACCAAGUUGGUGAAGUUAGUCCCUGGUGUAGACUACAAUGUUAGUAUCAUCUCUGUGAAAGGCUUUGAAGAGAGUGAGCCCAUCUCUGGCACACUGAAAACAGCUCUGGACAGCCCGUCAGGCCUGGUAGUGGUGAACAUCACAGAUUCUGAGGCUCUGGCAACCUGGCAGCCAGCAAUUGCUGCUGUGGACAAUUAUGUUGUCUCCUAUGCUUCUGAGGAUGAACCAGAAGUUACUCAGAUGGUAUCAGGAAACACUGUGGAGUAUGACCUGAAGGGCCUGCAACCUGCAACUGAGUACACACUGAGUGUCCACGCACUGAAGGAUACACAGAGGAGUGAGACCCUCUCCACCCAGUUUACUACAGGACUGGAUGUUCCAAGAGAUUUGAGUGCCACUGAAGUUCAGUCAGAAACAGCUGUGAUAACCUGGAGGCCUCCCCGUGCUCCUGUCACUGGUUAUCUCCUGAUCUACGAGUCCAUUGAUGGCAAAGUCAAGGAAGUCAUCCUAAACCCUGAGACAACUUCCUACAGCCUGACAGAGCUGAGCCCAUCUACCCAGUACACAGCAAAACUGCAGGCUCUGAGCAGAUCCCUGAAGAGCAAAAUGAUCCAGACUGUUUUCACCACAACUGGUCUUCUCUAUCCUUACCCUAAAGACUGCUCCCAGGCUCUUCUGAAUGGAGAAAGCACCUCUGGGCUCUACACCAUUUACCUGAAUGGGGACAAGGCUCAGCCUCUGCAAGUCUUCUGUGACAUGGGCGAGGAUGGGGGCGGAUGGAUUGUGUUCCUGAGGCGUCAAAAUGGAAACGAAGAUUUCUACAAGAACUGGAAGACUUAUGUGGCUGGGUUUGGAGAUCCUAAGGAUGAAUUCUGGAUAGGUCUGGAGAACCUCCACAAAAUCACUUCUCAGGGCCAGUAUGAGCUGCGUGUGGAUCUGAGGGACAAGGAUGAGACAGCUUAUGCUGUCUACGACAGGUUCAGCGUUGGAGACGCCAAGAGCCGCUACCGGCUGCGGGUGGAUGGGUACAGCGGCACAGCAGGUGACUCCAUGACAUACCAUAAUGGAAGGGCCUUCUCCACGUUUGACAAGGACAAUGACUCUGCCAUCACCAACUGUGCUCUGUCAUACAAGGGUGCCUUCUGGUACAAGAACUGCCACCGAGUCAAUCUGAUGGGCAGAUAUGGGGACAACAGCCACAGUCAGGGUGUGAACUGGUUCCACUGGAAGGGCCAUGAGUACUCCAUCCAGUUUGCAGAGAUGAAGCUGAGACCUUCCAGCUUCCGGAACCUGGAAGGAAGGCGAAAGCGAGCGUAG